AUGGCUAAAUAUGAAGAACUUCUCUACAAAGUACUCAACACCAUUUUUUGUACAUGCAAAAAUUUAAAACAUCUUGAUAUUCCAUAUGAAAUUCUUGGUGGCUUUUUAGAACCAUCUAUUGAUGGUGAGCCACUUUCUUCUCCAUCUGUUCUUAAUGAGUUAUCAAAAUUACAAUAUCUUGAACAUCUAAACUUGCGUGAUGCAAGAAAUCUUAAAGAUAGUACGAUUAUUGCUAUUGCUAAUAAUUGUAAGAACCUAAAAAGUUUAGAUAUCCGAGGUUGCAGUACGAUUACUGAAACAGCUCUUGCUGCUCUAACAAACUUGGAAAAUUUAGAAAAACUAGAUAGUUUACUUAAAAUGAGUGCAAUAGAAUUAUUUGUUGAGAAAGACCAACAAAUUUUUGAUGAUGGUGACAAGGAUCAAAAAGUUGUCAUCAAUUCAUUGGAUUAUGACUCUAUUCCUCUCGAAAAAUGGAAAAAUUUACAAAAUUUAGAAUAUCUUUGUUUACCUUGUGAUAAAUUAUCACUUGACUUGGCAAAUACAAUUGUUGAAUAUUGCAAGAAUGUGAAAUACUUGAGUCUAAGACUUAGAUACUCCUAUCGUUCAUUAAAUGAAAAUGCUGUAACAAAGUUAACAGAGUUGGAAAAUCUUGAAAUGCCGUCUAUUGAUGGUGAGCCACUUUCUUCACCACCUGUUCUUGAUGAGUUAUCAAAAUUACAAUAUCUUAAACAUCUAAAAUUGCGUUAUACAGGAAAUCUCAAAGAUAGUACAAUUACUGCUAUUGCUAAUAAUUGUAAAAACCUAAAAAGUUUAGAUAUCGAAGGUUGCCCGGGUCUUACUGAGACAGCUCUCGUUGUUGCUUUAACAAACUUGAAAAAUUUAGAAAAACUAGACGUAAGCUUACUUGAUAUUUCAGACAGCUUCAUUGUCAGGUUAAGAGGAUUGAAAGAAUUUGAUUGUUCUAAUUGCGAAAAACUUACUAAUACUGGUAUUAUUCAAUUUAUAAAAAAUAAUCCAGAACUUGAAUUUCUUGAUAUCUGUUCUAUUGAUAAUAUUACAACUGACUUGGUUAUUGGUGCUGAUCAGGCAACUAAAAAUCAUGUUUGUGAUUCAAGUAUUAUACCAUAUGUUAGUGAUCAUUGUAAAAAUUUAACAAGUCUUGAAUGUGAAUUUAACGUUGAUUCGUUAAAAUAUGAUGCUGGUCACUUUGUUCAAGCAUUUACACAUGAAGAAUCAGUAAUUGCAAUUUCAAACAAUUGUAAAAAACUUAAACGUUUAGAAAUUCCUCUUUGUACUCUAGUACCAUCUAUUCAUACUGACCCAUUGUCUUCUUCAUCUGUUCUUGAUGAGUUAUCAAAAUUACAAUGCCUUGAACAUCUAAACUUGUCUAAUUCAAAAAAUCUUGAAGAUAAAAUCCGAGGUUGCAUGGGUCUUACUGAGACAGCUCUCGUUGGCUUAACAAACUUAAAAAAUUUACAACAGCUUAAUGUAAGUCAUAUUGAUAUUAUUACAGACAGCUCCAUCAUAAAAUUAAAAGGAUUGAAAGAAUUGCAUUGUAAUGAAUGCAAGAAACUUACUAAUGCUGGUAUUAUUCAAUUUAUAAAAAAUAAUCCAGAUCUUGAACUUCUUGAUGUCUCUUUUAUUGACAAUAUAACAAUUGACUUGAUUAUUGCUGCUGAUCAGGCAACUAAAAAUCAUAGUACAAUAAUUGCUAUUGGUAAUAAUUGUAAAAACCUAAAAAGUUUAGAUAUCCAAGGUUGCACGAGUCUUACUGAGACAGCUCUCGUUGCUUUAACAAACAUGAAAAAUUUACAAAUACUUAAUGUAGGCGAUCUUGAUAUAAUUACAGACAGCUUCCUUAUUAAAUUGAAAGGAUUGAAAGAAUUGCAUUGUAAUGGAUGCGAGAAACUUACUAAUGCUGAAUCAAUAAUUGCAAUUUCAAACAAUUGUAAAAAACUUAAACGUUUAGAAAUUCCUCAUAGCUUCAUAGUACCAUCUAUUCAUACUGAGCCACUUUCUUCUCCAUCUGUUCUUGAUGAGAUAUCAAAAUUACAAUAUCUUGAACAUCUAAACUUGGGUUAUACAAUAAAUCUCAAAGAUAGUACAAUUAUUGCUAUUGCUAAUAAUUGUACGAACCUAAAAAGUUUAGAUAUCCAAGGAUGCUAUACGAUUACUGAAAUAGCUCUCGUUGCUUUAUUAAACUUAAAAAAUUUACAAAAACUUGAUGUGAGUCGUCUUGAUAUAAUUACAAACAGUUUCCUCAUCAAAUUGAAAGGAUUGAAAGAAUUUGAUUGUGUUGGUUGCGAAAAACUUACUAAUGUUGGUAUUAUUCAAUUUAUAAAAAAUAACCCAGAUCUUGAAAAGAUUGUUGUCCGAGGUAUUGGUAAUAUUACAACUGACUUAGUUAUUGGUGCUGAUCAGUUGACAGAGUUGGAAUAUCUUGAAUGUUUAAUAUUGCCUGGUCCGAUUGAGCUCAGUGAGGAAUCAAUAAUCGCAAUUUCAAACAAUUGUAAAAAACUUAAACGUUUAGAAAUUCCUCGAUGCAUUAUAGUAUCAUCUAUUGAUGGUGAGCCACUUUCUUCUCCAUCUGUUCUUGAUGAGAUAUCAAAAUUACAAUAUCUUGAACAUCUAAACUUGCGUUGUGUAGAAAAUCUCGAAGAUAGUACAAUUAUUGCUAUUGCUAAUAGAUGCAAGAACCUAAAAUGUUUAGAUAUCCAAGGUUGCAGAGCGAUUACUGAAACAGCUCUUGUUGCUUUAUCAAACUUAAAAAAUUUACAAAAACUAGAUGUAAGUUUUCUUUGGAGAAUUACCGACAGAUUCAUUAUUAAAUUAAAAGGAUUAAAAGAAUUACAUUGCGAUGGUUGCAAUAACAUUACUGAUGAUGGUAUUAUUCAAUUUAUAGAAAAUAAUCCAGAUCUUGAAUAUCUUACAGUCCGUUGUAUAGAAAAUAUUACAGCUGACUUGGUUAUUGGUGCUGAUCAGGCAACAAAAAAUCGUACAAACGAAUCACGUGUAUCAAUUGCAUUUUAA